AUGCUCAGCCAGCCGCUGCUAGCCUCCUUCUUACCGCUCCUUCUCCUCAUUCUUGGCCGAUGUCGGACUUCUCUCUGCCAGUACUCGAGCGACCAGUGCAGCUGGAAGGGCAGCGGCCUGACCCAUGAGGGUCACACGCGGGACGUGGAGCAGGUGUACCUGCGCUGCUCUCAGGGCUCACUGGAGUGGCUGUACCCUACAGGCGCCAUCAUCGUCAACCUGCGCCCUAAUACCAUCUCGCCCGCCGCUGCCCGCCUCUCCGUCUGCGUCAAACCCGCCCCCGAGUCCAGCGGCACCAACGUCUACCUGGACUUGAACGGCCGAUUGCGUUCGCUCCUGCGCGAGCACGACCAGGCGGCGGGCCGGGUGCGCUGUUUCGGCAUCCUGGAGGGGGCGCUCUUCAUUGAGGCUAUCCCGCGCACUGACAUCAGUCGCCGCGUCACUGCCUUCCAGUAUGAGCUCGUCAGUGAUGAGCUCAUGGGGGACCGCUCCCUGCCAGCGGAAGCCUGUCAGCCGUGCAAUGAGGCCGAAGUUCUUUUGGCAGUGUGCACCAAAGACUUUGUGGCGCGCGGCAUCGUCACGUCGGUGCGCGAGGAGACGGAGGAGAAUCGCUCGUCCAUCAACGUAGACAUCAACCGUCUAUACAGACAAAAGACGCAGGUGUUUGUGCCCGGGGGACCGAGAGCACGGCGAUGGUCGGGGAGCAUCACAAUGCCGCGGCAGUGCGCCUUUAAAGUCAGCAACGAUGACAUUCUUUUCACGGGGACGCUACGCUUCGGCGAGGCCCGCAUGGGCUGCGCCACGCGCUACGACGACUUCCUGCACUGGUACAGGCAGGCCCAAAGACUCGGGACCAACCCCUGUCACCUGGACACGGACUAA